ACGCAGGAGAAUUUAAAUACCGAAAUAUCAAAAAUCCUUAAAAAUAACAAUGAACAAUGAAAAGUGGAGUGAAAUUAAAAAAGAUAUUAGGACUUCAAGCACUAAGUUUUUACUACCUGAUAAGAGAAAAAAGAAAGACUGGAUGACUGCAGAAAUCCUUGACAUGAUGGAAGAGAGACGGAUAUAUAAAACUAAAGAUACUGCCAAAUACCGUGAAACCCAUAGACAAAUAAGAGCUGAGAUAAGAAAAACUAAAGAGAAAUGGUUCUCGGAGAUAUGCGAAGAAAUCGAACAGUGCGAAAAGGUAUACGACUAUCACAAUAUGCAUAAGAAAAUAAAGGAACUCACAACAAAGAAAAAGCUACAAUAUUUUAUCGAAAGGGCUGUGCGAUGAUAAUGGAAAUCUACAACUAGACCCCGACAAAAUAGUUAGAAUCUGG